AACUAGCUUUAGCCAUUUUGGACUUUAAACUACCAAGUAUGUCUGACCCCUGGCAACACGAGGAAUCGUUCGCCAUCACGAACGCGCAUAUGCUGAGUGAUGACGUAUUAUGUGAUGUCACUAUCCUGGCGGGGGAGGACAAACGUGAAGUGAGAUGUCACCAGUUCAUUCUAGCCAGCCGCUCACCAGUUUUCUACACGAUGUUUUGUGGCUCACUUCCGGAAGCCGGAGUGGUGAAAAUACCGGAUGUAGAGGUAGACGUCCUUAGACCAGUCGUCAGGUUUAUGUACACGGGGGAAAUACAGUUAAUGCCUGAUUCCGUAAUGACCGUCAUGUACGCUGCAAAGAAGUACGACAUCCGACCAUUGAUAAACCGCUGCAACACAUUUCUUCAAAAAAAAUUGCAAUCGACAAUGUCUGCGUCAUUCUUGACCAAGCUUUGAUAUUUGGGGAAAAGGAUUUGAUUCAACCUUGCCUGUCCUUUGUAUCGAAAAACACUGACCAAGUAUUACAGAGUGAUGGAUUUUUGAGCAUGUCUUCGGAAGCUUUGAAGUUGAUUCUUGAGAAGAAAAAAGAUUCACCAAACACACCAGCAGAAGAAGUGUAUGCAUCUUGUAAGAGAUGGGCGAAGCAAGCGUGCUCUUCGUCAGGGACUGAGGUGACUGACCAAGUCCUAAGACAGAAACUUGGAGACAUGGUUUGUCUUGUUGAUUUUGCGGGAAUGUCUUUUGACUCGUUUACUGCCAACGUAGUGCAAGAAACGAUUUUAUCUGACAAGGAAAAGGUCAGGUUCAUGACAGAAAUAAGACAACGGCAAAAGAAAGAACAAAAAUCAUUCGUUGUUGAGAGAUUUUCUGAGGUUCAACAAGGAUGGACUCACAAGGGUUUGCAAGAUGGUAUAAGUUUCAAGACUUCAAAACAUGUUACUCUGUCUGGAGUAGUCUUGUAUUUACCGCAUCAAAGUGGAAGUUUAAGUGGGCAUUUGCAAAUCCUGGAAGAGCAGACAAUCGUAUUGACCCAGGAUGUUACCCUUCUCUACAAAGAAAACGAAACACAUGAGAACAUUCCCCUUGUCAGUAGAGUUAACAUUUAUCCGGGGGUGACAUAUUCUGUUCGCCAGAGGCUAAAAGGGCAAAACACAUAUAAAGGUUAUUCCUAUAAAGGUAAACAGAGUAUCAAUGGUAUAGAAAUAGAAUUCAUGAAAUUGAUUUAUGGUUAUUCAAAUAAUAACACAUCUUUAAGGGAGGGCCAGAUACAUGGUCUAAAGUUGUUCGAUUGGUGUGACGAUGAGUGUGUCAAAACACAUGACAGAACUCAUCAGAGCAACACAGUGCAGGCAUGAACACAUAAGAUAAACUGUGGCUAGUUACCAAGUGGCAAAAUAGUUUUUAACCUUAAAAUUUGACUACCGACUUGUACGCUGCACAUACCAAAGUUAUCAUAACGUAUUGUAUUUUACAGUUAAUAUUUGUUGUGGCCAGUGGAUGUAUAACUAAUACCUGAGAUCAUAGACAUAUUGCGUACACUUUGGUUUGUAAUAAUACCUCAUAUCUGUCUCGAUUCUGACGUAUGUUAUACUUGUUUUGUACAAAUUCAUUUGCUAUACAUGAGUUGUGACCAUUGGCAAUAUCGAAUGAAAAAAACAUGUGACAUUUUUUUUCAAUAUCCUAUUGUUUUAUUUUAAAUGUCUGUACAAUUGAACAAUAAAGUGUUUCAGUAUGAUUGUAUGUAUCGUCACAAAUAUUGAAGGUCAUAAUGAAUCCAUACUAGGGGUAGAUUCAGGCGAAUGCGAGUUGUGCAUUAAAACACG